AUGGAUGAAGAUAUUUUAUAUGAUUCAAUGAUAUCUGAAGGAGUAACAGAUAAUAAAGGAUACUUUAAUAUAUCUGGAGAACAUGUAGAAUAUUCAAGAAUUGAACCAUACAUAGAAAUUAAUUAUAAAUGUCCAAAAUAUGGAGAUGAAUUUAUUGAGGAAAGAAAAGUUUUAUUUGUUCCUUCUAGUGUUUUUAGAUAUUUAGGAUACACUAGAGAAUUUAAAUUUAAUUUCAAUGACAUUGAUCUUGUAAGAAUUAAAAAACGUACAAAUUGGUAUUUCUUUUAA